GGCGGGGCGGGCGAACUCCGAGCCAUUUUGGGGACGGUGUCAGUUUCCACUGUGUGCCUUCAGCGUUGCAUUCUUCCCUCCUCCGCCCUCCUCCCGCCCGCCCGCCCGCCCGCCCUCCUUCCCUCCCCGGGUCCCCGCCACCAACUAUGAAAUAACAACAACAAUAAUACUCGUAAUAAUAACAAUAAUAAUAAAAGAAGGAACGCGAGAGAGGCCGCGAGGCGGAGCGGGGGGCAGAGGGAGAGACAAUGGGCUGGUGGAGAGAGGACCCAUCCGGACCGGGGAGACUGUGCGCUCCCAGCGCCUGAGCCGCCCGGGCGGCCAACUCGGAGGGAGCGAGAGAGCGAGGGAGCGAGCGAGAAGGGCCCGCGAGGAGCGGAGGAGACCCGGGCGUUCUGUAACUAAAAUGAGCGGAGCGCAGCGGCGGCGGCGGCAAUAAGCUUAUUGCAAUUGACAGCGUCUGCAGUUCAUUUCAAGAUGGCCGCUUGGCUCACAUUCAUUUUCUGCUGAACGACUUUUAACUUUCAUUGUCUUUUUUGGCCGCUCCGAUCAUCACCCACCGGCUCCGUUUUCCGGAGCCGCUCCUCGCCACGCCAAAAUGCACCGAACAACCAGAAUCAAAAUAACCGAGCUAAACCCCCAUCUCAUGUGCGUGCUCUGCGGCGGGUACUUCAUUGAUGCAACAACCAUCAUAGAGUGCCUCCACUCCUUCUGUAAGACCUGUAUCGUGCGUUACUUGGAGACCAGCAAGUAUUGUCCUAUCUGCGAUGUCCAAGUUCACAAAACUCGACCGCUUUUGAAUAUAAGGUCGGAUAAAACUCUCCAAGAUAUUGUAUACAAGCUAGUACCAGGCCUUUUCAAAAAUGAAAUGAAAAGAAGAAGGGAUUUUUAUGCUGCUCAUCCGUCGGCUGAUGCUGCCAAUGGCUCUAAUGAAGACAGGGGAGAAGUGGCUGAUGAAGACAAAAGAAUUAUAACAGACGACGAGAUAAUAAGCUUAUCCAUUGAAUUCUUUGACCAGAAUAGACUGGAGCGAAAAGGAAAUAAGGAGAAAGAAAAAUCAAAGGAAGAGGUGAAUGACAAAAGAUACUUGCGCUGCCCAGCAGCAAUGACAGUGAUGCAUCUAAGAAAGUUCCUUCGGAGUAAGAUGGAUAUACCUAACACUUUCCAGAUCGAUGUGAUGUAUGAAGAGGAGCCUCUGAAGGACUAUUACACCCUAAUGGAUAUUGCCUACAUCUAUACCUGGAGGCGGAAUGGGCCUCUGCCCUUGAAAUACCGUGUCCGACCUACUUGCAAGAGGAUGAAGAUCAGUCACCAGAGGGAAGGCUUGAAUAAUAGCGGGGAGCUGGAAAGUGACUCUGGGAGCGACAAGGCGAGCAGCCCAGCAGGAGGCAUCCCCUCCACCUCCUCCUGUUUGCCCAGCCCCAGCACACCAGUCCAGUCUCCUCACCCCCAGUUCCCCCACAUCUCCAGCACCAUGAAUGGCACCAGCAGCAGCCCCAGCAGCAACCACCAGUCCUCCUUUACCAACAGAGCUCGGAAAACAUCAAUAAAUGGCUCCUCAGCCACUUCAUCUGGUUGAUGUGCCAGCCAGGCUACCACCCUCACCCCUCCUUUAUAUAGAUCUUUCCAUGCCAUUACAGCUUUAUAGAUGCUAAUCCAUGUGACUAUCAUCCAAAUUGCUUUCUUUUGUAGUAACACUGAACUUGGCUAUAAAAGGCGGACUAGGUGACAUUCAGGAUGGACGUUAAUGGAAACGCAAGUUUGAAGUGUAAAUUGUUUUCAGAGGACUGGGAAGCAAACAAAAGUUACACCUUCACCUGUUUUGAAUGAUGUGGAGUUGUUUCUGUCCCCAUCACCUGGAGCCAGGAGUCUCCAGAAGUCGAUACAAAUCCUGGGAAGUAGUUUGUUAAUCCAGAGUAACUCCUCCAUUGCGUUCUCUUCGAUUGUUAUUGUUCUUAUACUGUUUUGUGAACCUGUAGAAAGCAAGUGCUUUUUCAUCUUGAAAUCCAACAAAAUUGAAAGAAUAUGCAUAGAAAAAUGCAUAUAUGUAGCCAUGUCACUGUGAAUAACAAUUUUUGCGUAUUAGCCAUUUUGAUUCUUAUGUUGCAUCCUUUACUUCUCUGUUGCUGCGCAGAACCGAUCAAAAGAAAAGUAAACUUCAGUUUUACAAUCUGUAUGCCUAAAAGCGGGUAUUACCGUUUUAUUUACUGACUUGUUUAAAUGAUUCGCUUUUGUAAGAAUCAGAUGGCAUUAUGCUUAUUGUACAAUGCCAUAUUGGUAUAUGACAUAACAGGAAACAGUAUUGUAUGAUAUAUUUAUAAAUACUAUAAAGAAAAUAUUGUGUUUCAUGCACUCAUGAUAUGGUUGUUAAAUUUCUAAACUGGUUCGACCCUUGCAGAUGCCGCCUGUUUGGGCUUUGCUCAUACUGCAAGAAACACGUUGUGUGUGAGAGCUACAGUAUUGGGAAAGCACAUUCAAGUCUCUGAUAACCUGGAGGCAAUUGGCAAUCUUAAAAGGAUUUUACUUGCUUUGUCUUUUUUUUUCCUUCCAAGCGGAGUAUUUUUAUUUUACCAAAUCUUGAAGUGAUAUAGUGAGAAAAAAGAAAUCAAGGGACGUGGAAGUUUUA